AUCAUCGGAAGUGUAGCACACUCCUUUUCACCCAUCGCUGCAUGAGUAGCAUGGUGCUGGGCUAACGCGGCGGUCUAAAAUUCACCUUUUAUAGAUUCAUUACAAGCCGCUUACAAUGUCUUAUCCCCAGGAGGAAGAGGAAGCGUACGACCCCUAUUCAUAUAACACCAAUGACUACGACCUUCACACUGGUGACCCCAAAGCCGACCUGGCUUACGAGCGGCAGUAUGAGAGUCAGCAGACGUAUCACGUCAUCCCCGAGGUAAUCAAGAACUUCCUGCAGUACUUCCACAAGACCACCUCGGACCUCAUCGACCAGAAGGUGUACGAGCUGCAGGCCAACCGCGUCUCCAGCGAGAGCAUCGAACAGAAGAUCUACGAGAUCCAGGACGUCUAUGAGAACAGCUGGAACAAGCUCACAGACAGAUUCUUCAAGACAUCACCCUGGCCAGAGGCAGAGGCUAUCGCCUCUCUAGUUGGCAACGAUGCAGUGUUCCUGAUCCUUUACAAAGAGCUGUACUACAGGCAUAUCUAUGCCAAAGUCAGCGGAGGCCCAACUCUGGAACAGCGAUUUGAGUCCUAUUAUAACUAUUGCAAUCUCUUCAACUACAUUCUCAAUGCUGAUGGGCCUGCUCCUCUGGAGCUUCCUAAUCAGUGGCUGUGGGACAUCAUCGACGAGUUCAUCUACCAGUUCCAGUCCUUCAGCCAGUACCGCUGCAAGACGGCCAAGAAGUCAGAAGAGGAGAUCGAGUUCCUGCGGAACAACCCCAAGAUCUGGAACGUGCACAGCGUGCUGAACGUGCUCCACUCGCUGGUGGACAAGAGCAACAUCAACAAACAGCUGGAGGUCUACACCAGCGGGGGAGACCCUGAGAGCGUGGCUGGGGAGUAUGGGCGUCACUCUCUGUACAAGAUGCUGGGUUACUUCAGCCUGGUGGGGCUGCUGCGUCUGCACUCGCUGCUGGGGGACUACUACCAGGCCAUCAAGGUGCUGGAGAACAUCGAACUCAACAAGAAGAGCAUGUACUCUCGCGUGCCGGAGUGCCAGAUCACCACCUACUACUAUGUGGGCUUUGCCUACCUGAUGAUGCGCCGCUACCAGGACGCUAUCCGCGUCUUCGCCAACAUCCUUCUCUACAUCCAGCGCACACGCAACAUGUUCCAGAGGUCCACCUACAAGUACGAGAUGAUAAACAAGCAGAAUGAGCAGAUGCACGGCCUGCUGGCCAUCGCCCUGACCAUGUACCCCAUGAGAAUCGACGAGAGCAUCCACACACAACUCCGCGAGAAAUACGGAGACAAGAUGCUACGCAUGCAGAAGGGAGACCCUGCCGUGUUUGAGGAGUUGUUCAGCUUUGCGUGCCCCAAGUUCCUGUCUCCCGUGGUGCCCAACUACGACAACGUGCACCCCAACUACCACAAGGAGCCCUUCCAGCAGCAGCUCAAGGUCUUCGCAGAGGAGGUGCAGCAGCAAGCGCAGCUCUCCACCAUCCGCAGUUUCCUGAAGCUGUACACCACCAUGCCGGUGGCUAAGCUGGCUGGUUUCCUGGACAUGUCUGAGCAGGAGUUCCGCAUCCAGCUGCUGGUCUUCAAGCACAAGAUGAAGAACCUGGUGUGGACCAGCGGCAUCUCCGCCCUCGACGGCGAGUUCCAGUCCGCAUCAGAGGUCGACUUCUACAUCGACGGGGACAUGAUCCACAUCGCUGAUACCAAGGUUGCCCGCCGCUAUGGAGACUUCUUUAUCCGCCAGAUCCACAAGUUUGAGGAGCUGAACCGCACCCUGAAGAAGAUGCCCAUGACCGGCGCCUCGUCCACUAGCACCGCUGCCUCCAGGGCUACUUAAGGCAAGCACAGCGGCAUAUUAAUUAACCAAGUCUGACCAACCAACCAGAGAACAGCUUUCUGAACAGCUGGAAGUCAGUCCCAACAGCAGUGUUCAGAUGAUGUAACACUUUUCUAUUUACCCAGAAAAAGGAAAUAAAAGUCUGAAGUGGUGA